AUGCGGAGCUCUGUGACCAUUUGCAUAAAUGGCUGGUCAGAGUGGAGUGAUCCCCUGAACCUUGUGGUAACAGGAACGUGCAGCAAACCAUCCCUCUCAGCUCAUCCAAGCCAUGUGAUCGCUUCCGGAGGGAAAAUGUCUUUCUCUUAUAGCUCAGAGUUCACAUUGGACACUUUCCAUCUGCUGAAGGAGGAAGAAACCAGCCUGCCCCUACACAUGAAAUCCCAAUUGUCUGCUGGGAGGAACAAGGCCCUCUUUCCUUUGGGCCCAGUGAACACCUCUCAUAGAAGCAUCUAUAGAUGCUGUGGUUUUUCCAGCACUUCUCCCCAUGUAUGGUCACUCCCUAGUGACCCUCUGGAUCUUGAGGUCACAGAAGAGGAUUUCCCACUAGAUGUUGGGGAGGAAAUUGGAGGUUAA